AUGUUUCAGACACUCAAAGAAUGGUUCUGGUUGGAACGAUUCUGGCUUCCUCCAAAAAUGAAGUGGUCAGAUCUCGACGAUCAUAACGGACUUGUCUUUGCCAAACCUUCUCACUUAUAUAUGACGAUUCCCUGUGCUUUUCUCUUGCUGAUCAUCAGAUAUUUCUUUGAAAAGUUUGUUGCUACACCUCUAGCAAAAACAUUUGGCAUUAAAGAGACAGUUCAAAAGAUUAUUCCAAAUGCCAUCUUAGAGAAUUUUUUCAAUCACUCUACAAGGCAUCCUUCACAAGCUGACAUCUACGGACUGGCAAAGAAGUGUCACUUGACAGAGCGCCAGGUUGAAAGAUGGUUUAGGAGGCGGCGGAUCCAAGACAAGCCUUCCAGGAUGAAGAAAUUCCAGGAGGCUUGCUGGCGGUUUGCAUUUUACUUAGUGCUCAACAUUGCUGGAGCCGCAUUCCUUUAUGAUAAACCUUGGGCGUAUGACCUGUGGGAGGUUUGGAAUGGCUACCCCAGACAGCCGCUGCUGCCCUCCCAGUACUGGUACUACACCUUAGAAAUGAGUUUUUACUUCUCUCUGCUAUUUAGCCUCAGCUCUGACGUCAAGAGGAAGGACUUCCUGGCACACGUCAUCCACCACCUGGCUGCCAUUAGUUUGAUGAGCUUCUCGUGGUGUGCUAAUUACAUCCGCAGCGGGACCCUCGUGAUGUUUGUGCACGAUGUGGCUGACAUUUGGCUGGAGUCUGCUAAGAUGUUUUCCUACGCUGGAUGGAACCAAACCUGCAACUGCCUGUUCUUCAUCUUCUCCCUGCUGUUCUUUGUCAGCCGCUUCAUCGUCUUCCCCUUCUGGAUUCUGUACUGCACGCUGGUUAUCCCCAUGCACUACCUCAAGCCUUUCUUCUCCUACGUCUUCCUCAACCUGCAGCUCGUGCUCCUGCAGGCUCUUCACCUCUACUGGGGCUACUUCAUCCUGAAGAUGCUCAGGAGAUGCAUAUUCACGAAGGAAGUCCAGGAUGUGAGGAGUGAGGAUGAGGACGAAGAGGAAGAGGAAGAGGAGAAAGAGGAAGAGGCUUCCAAAAGCAAGGAGAGAGACUCUCUAAAGAACGGCCUUGGGGCCAACAGGCAUCUGGUUCCGAACGGCCAGCACGGCCGCUAG